UACUGUUCGUGAUUUACCAUGAUGAAGGAAAAAAGUAAGCAUAGAAAACACAAACUGGAAAAAGAUUCUCGCCAAAAGAAACGUAAACAUCGGAACUCCUCAAGCUCGAGCACUUCAGAGUCGGAUGAAUGGGUAGAAAAGGAAAUAGAAAAACGACCACCACCCUUAACUGUACGCGAAGAUUGGAUGUCGAUGACAGGCAUGCUGAAGACCUACACAAAGGACGAUAUCAAACCUAAACGGGGAGUAGAAGACAAAAAACACAUAGAUUCAUAUAAUCCAGGUACAAGUAGUAGAGAACUUAACCCUUACUGGAAAAACGGAGGCACAGGCGUCCCCGAAACUGCAGAGAAUUUUAGAAAACGAGCAUUUGUAAAACCAUCAAACCAAGACGAUUUUUACAAAAAACCAUCAGGUUCUAGAGAGAGUAGCUGUUUCAGUAGUGACAGAGAUGGUAGAAAAUCAUCGAGGCAUGAUAGGCAUUCUGACAGAGAAUUCACAAGUAGGGGUAGGCAUGAGGACGAAGCCUACAAUCAUGAAAGAUCAUGGAACUGGAAACAGAGUUCUGAGAAACCGAAAGAGAAGGAAGAACAACCAAGACAAGAAACAAGACAUACAUCACUGGAUGCAGGACCAAGUAAAUCUAUUGAGGCAGAUAAACCAAAAGACACAAAGUAUCUCAGUGAUGAGAAAAUGAACAAACUUGGAGCUAAAAUUGUUAAAGCAGAAAUUUUGGGUGAUACUAAGCUUGUUGAAGAACUGAAAGCAAAAUUAGAAGCUGCCAGAAAAUACAGGAAGCAGAAUCCAGAUGCCAGCAAAGAGGAAGAAGGUGUAAUGUUGAUAGCUACAAACAGUGCUGGGAGCAGUAUGCCACUGACUAAGAGAGAAAGAGGUGAUCCUAGAAGUAAAGGAGGAAAAAGGAAAGUAGAUACACAUAUGGACGGCCAAAGAGCUAAAUACUUUGGUAAUGAUGAUAAAUAUAAUCUAUCACAAAUGUUUCAGCAAGAGAAAUAUGGCAACAACUAUGAUGAUGAAGCUGAACUGGCAAGAGUUGCAGCUAAAAGCAAAAAUCCAAAUGAUGAUCUUGAAGAUAUAUUUGUUGAUGAAAUAUCUAAAAACAAAAACGAUGCUAAGGAUCAAGAAUUACAAAGACAACGGGCAAUCAAUCAACAUAUUAACAUGGAGAAAUCUUUAGAAGGAUGUGAAUACUGUGUUGAUUCAAGAAAUAUGUUGAAACAUUUGAUGGUAACUUGUGGUAAUAAAGUUUACCUGGGUCUCCCAGCCAAACAGUCCCUUGUAAAAGGGCAUUGUAUUAUAACCACUGUACAACAUGCUACAAGUGUUACCACAAUUGAUGAAGAUGUCUGGGAAGAAAUUUUGACUUUUAGGAAAGCCCUAACACAGUUCUUCAACACCCAACAUCAAGAUGUAUUGUUUUUUGAAACUGCUAUAAGGUUACACAAAUUUCCACAUAUGGUAAUAAACUGUAUACCAAUGCCCAGAGAUGUUGGUGAUGUGGCAGCCAUAUACUUCAAGAAAGCUCUUCUUGAGUGUGAGGCUGAAUGGUCUAUGAAUAAGAAAGUUGUAGAAUUGAAGGGAAAAAAUAUUAGGAAGGGUAUACCUAAAGGUUUACCUUACUUUUGGAUUGACUUUGGAAUGGAGCCUGGAUUUGCCCAUGUCAUAGAAGACCAACAACUGUUUCCCACAAAUUUUGCUGAGGAAGUAAUUGGUGGUAUAUUAGACUUAGAUCACCAAUUAUGGAAGAACCCUCGGAAAGAAUAUGGAGAUUUACAGAGAAAGAAAGUUAUAGAAUUUAUAAAAGAGUGGAAAUCAUUUGAAGGUCUUGUGAAGAGCAAGGAUUGACUCCAGGCACUAUUAUGUAUACUUCAGUCUUCUAAAUUUAUUCUGUUAAAUAGAUAUCUGUUUACAUUAUUAAGAAAUAAAAUUGGUUUCG